AUGUUGGGAUCAAGAUUCAGGCACCGAUAUAGCUGGUCAGCUGCCGCUGUGUUCUUGCUUUCCGUCACUUUUCUCUCGUGGAGCAGUCUACCAAGAUUCUUGGAUGUCUGGAACAAUUUAUUCAGUGGCAACAGAGCAUGGAUCUACAGAGGCCCUGAAGCCGAGGACAAAGCGGUGAUACUUGCAAAGAUCAAGGCGGAAGAUGUCAGCUGGGUGACGAACGAGCUGCCAGAUUGGCAACAAGCCAUCUAUUACAUGGACGAUCCCGUCAACGGAACCCUGCAUCCACCGAAAAACAAAGGCCGCGAGGCUAUGGCGUAUCUCACCUUCCUGAUCGAUCACUAUGACAACCUUCCAUCAUCCAUGGUCUUCGUCCAUCCUCAUCUCGAAGGGUGGCCGGCGGCCUGGCAUACAGACAAUGAAGUGUACAAUAACCUCAAAAAUAUCCGAUCCCUGAGGCUUGGCUACCUCCAAGAACAAGGAUACGUGAACAUGCGAUGUCUUCAUGUCCCGGGCUGCCCUGAUGAAAUCCAGAUCUUGCGAGAGGAGGAGGAUCGCACCGCUGAGCAGGCAAUGCGCGAGGCCUGGCCUUACAUGUUCGGAGGUACCCAGUCAGAUAUUCCCGAGGCGAUCGCUCAGCCAUGUUGCUCGCAGUUCGCUGUUUCCAAAACACAAGUGUUGAAGCGCAGCAAAAAGGAGUACAUACGCUAUCGUCAGUGGCUGCUCGAUACCGAGGUCGAUGAUGCGACAAGUGGACGAGUAUUCGAGUAUCUCUGGCAUGUGAUCUUCGGGCGAGAUGCCGUAUAUUGCCCACCCCUGCAAGAAUGCUGGUUUCCCACGCUGUAA